ACCUUUCUUUCUGUCUCUCACCUGUCUGUCUCUCUCUCGCCUGUUUGUCUCUCUGCAGGUGUCAGACUUCGUUGAGUCUCUUCCUGGCUGUGAGGAACAGGCCAAACAGUUCAGAGAUGAGCAAAUUGAUGGUCGGGCCUUCCUCCUGCUCACCCAACGGGACAUUGUCAGGAUAAUGUCAAUCAAACUUGGUCCCGCCCUUAAAAUCUACAACUCCAUCCUGAUGUUCAAACACGCCGAGGACAGGAGCCAAUCACACACCGGAGAGAGGAGCCAAUCACACGCCGUGGAGAGGAGACAAUCGGACACAGAGGACAGAAGCCAAUCACAUGCCGAGGAGAGGAGACAAUCAGACACAGAGGACAGCAGCCAAUCACACACUGGGGACAUGAACCAAUCACACCUGACACCUGCGACCGACUGACUGACUGAGGCGCUCCAGAAACACCUGAUUGACAACAUCAAGGUUCACUUUUCAUCCAGUCGUCAGUCAGGUUUGACAUUCACACUUCUCUCUCAGGUGUUUCUGUCAGCUGGCGGUCACGUGACCUCACGUUUGUUCAUCACAAAGAAGAAAAUGAGACACAGAAAGUUUGUUGACGCCCAGUUCAGCCCCCCUAAAGGAGCUGUGGUGCCUUGAACGCCCGGUUGGUGCGCCGCAGUGUUUAUUUACACGUCACUGCUGAUUGGGUAAGACCUCCACCAAUGAGAGAAGACGCACCUCAGAGCCCACUGCGCACUGUUUCAAGGAAACCUGCUGUUCAACCUGGAAACUCACACAGCGUUUUCAGAUUGAACACCCUGCUGAGCGCCAUUUCAGGCUCCGCCUCUUUGGAGGGACGUGGCUUAGUGCUGGUGUUCCCUUCAGAGAACUAAAGACUGACAGACUGGACUCACCAAAACUAGGAUCGCUGCGCAAAGGACUCCGGGAUGUUGAGGCCUGAAGGACAUAGCUGCUGUGAUGAUGCAGCCUCACCUGGCGAGUCCGUCCCACAGACCCUCGUGUCAAACAGCAGAAACAAACGUGGACAGCCUGGGGCGAAGCACGGGGUGGUCUCUAGAGCUGACCCCCCCCCCUCACCUGGUUUCAUAUGACUCACCACAUGUGGCCAUUUAGGCGAGUCAGGCGCCGCCAAGAUGGUCGGCCUGUGGUGAUGUCACGGAGCGUCCAUGUUUUAUACCGUAUGUGAUUCAGACCGGUCAGGGGGAAGGAGGGGGGGCCUGAAGUGGCCUCAGCUGGACUCAUUCUGUUUCCUCUGUGACAGUCUGGAUAAAGUUUUAUUGAAUUUUCCACAAAACUGGUGGACAUGGCUGCUGCCAGCUGAUUGGCUAAAAACUCUUGACAGGCGCUUCAUAUGUGAUGAAGUUAAGAUCAUAGAUCCCAGAUAUUUGUAACCCGGCUCUUAAUUCCUGUCUGUAAAAGAACAAAACAAAAUGAACCCUGAACACAAAGAAUAAAAAGCUGCGUUCGCUAACGCUUCUCAUAGCUGUGAGAAACGUCUUGACAUGGCGAGAAAGGGCCAGUAAUAAUAUGAAGACACAAUUGUGAGAAAAGAUUUUAUAAUUGUGAGGAAAAAAAACUCACCAUUACGAGUUAAAAUAUUAAUCUGAAUUUAUAUAUUGGUUGGUGAUAAUUACAUCCUUAAGAUUAACGAUGUUCAGUCCUCAUUAAGACCAGAUCCCUGAUGACACGAAUGUAACGGCUCCGGAAUAAACGCCACACAGGAAGCGGUCAGUGACAUCACACUGAGGCUCCGCCCCACUGUAAUGACUCUAAAGACUCUCAGGAUCCGCCUGUCGGGCUUUGUGUGAUGGAGGUUUUUACACUUACGCCUCCUCUGCUGUGAUUGGUCCUUGUGUGGUCGGAGCUCAGUUUUAUUUCCAGAGUUUAUAUUUAUAGUUUUAUUCUCUCUCGUGUUUGAACUUGUCCUGUUUCUCUAUAGAGUUCUAUUUUAAAGUUUAUACACAGGUAUAUAUAUAUAUAUUUCUAUUUCUGUCUGGCAUUCAAACCAGGAGUUCACUGACUCCGCCUUCCCAGUGAUGUCACUGUGACGUCACGGGGGCGCUCUUGUGCACACGCUCAGUUUGUAUCUCGGGUUUCUAACAGUUCCUCAGGUUUCCACGCUAACGGUGCAUGAAUUUAAACGUACGGGUUGUUUUAAAGUUUCCAACAAUCUGCUGAUGUUUCUGUUCUUUUCUCUGCUGUUUCUGUCAGUGUUUGAUGAGAUUAAUAAAGUUUGUGAUCUGCU